AUGUCGGGUACACUUUAUGUCCUAUACAAUGCCGACGCAUCCAUCAUUGGCAAGCUGCGAUAUGGGUAUCGAAAGAUUUGCCAUUCUACUGAGGAGAAUCCAGCUUGUGCAGCCUGUGAUAUCACACAUGGCGGUUUGUCACUGAAGGAGACACCAGCUUGGCUUGAAGCGAAGAGGGCGAUCGAAGCCGAGUCUGGCUACAAGAUCGUCCAGUGGCACCGGGAUGAGCUGUCUGAUGAGGUAUGUGACUUUUAUGAAAGAUGCAACGCUCUUGAGCUCGCACACUGA